UUUUAUAUUUGCCAGAAAAGGAACCCGCAGCAGGACUUCUUCCACCUCCUCCAGACCUCUUUGGAGGGAGGGUGACUUUCCUUCUUCCUCUCUUUCGAUCAGGGUUCUUCUUCCUCGCGGGCACUGUCGUGAUGCACAGAUCCGGAGCGCUGAUGGCGUGGAAUGUCUUUAAGUUUUGCACGGCCCUUCGUGGCCUUGGGUCAGUGAUGAUUCUGAUGGUCCUCGGCAUCGUCGGCGUGACCUACUACGCCGUCGUGGUCAGCAACUACGGUCCGGCUCUAUUUACCGCCGGAGGGUUCGGUUCUCUGACAGCCCUCGUGGUUCUAGUGCUCUUCCAUGGCCUGUUGGUAAUGCUAUUGUGGAGUUACUUUUCUGUUGUCCUUACGGAUCCUGGCAGUGUUCCACCUAAUUGGAGACCUUCUGUGGAUGAGGAGGUGGGAGAAGGUGCCCCAUUGUCUGCCUCAGACUUCAACAACCCUAUUUUAACUAUGCACCAAUCUACAUUAAUUUCAGACCCUGGAGAUCCAAGGAUCAGGUUUUGUCGGAAGUGUAACCAAUUUAAGCCACCACGGUGUCAUCACUGUUCUGUCUGUGGAAGAUGUGUUCUGAAGAUGGAUCACCACUGUGUGUGGGUUGUCAAUUGUGUUGGAGCAUUAAAUUAUAAGUUCUUUCUUCUCUUUCUAUUCUACACAUUUCUUGAGACAACUUUGGUUACCCUGUCACUGUUACCACAUUUUAUUGCCUUCUUCAACGACGGUGAGAUUCCCGGAACCCCUGGAAUGCUAGCAACAACUUUCCUCACGUUUGUUUUGAAUUUGGCUUUUACGCUGAGUGUUCUGGGGUUUCUGAUCAUGCAUAUAUCUUUGGUGAUGGGUAAUACAACAACCAUUGAGGCUUAUGAAAAGAAAACAACCCCAAAGUGGAGGUAUGACCUGGGAAGGAGGAGGAAUUUUGAACAGGUAUUUGGACUUGACAAGAAACACUGGUUCAUCCCAUCCUACUCAGACGAGGACUUGAGAAGAAUUCCAGCGCUGCAAGGUCUCGAAUAUCCAACAAAGCCAGAUCUAGAUGCACAGGAUUUAUGACUACCAUAUUCUUCCAGUCUGUAACUAUUCAUCCUGUAGGUAAGUUUCACAGCUUUGCUCUCUCAGAUCAACGUCGAACACCUGGAAAUUUAACAAGUCAGCCAUCCCUACACUCCCAUUCUGAUCAUCAAAAAUGCUAAGAGAACAAAGUUUGCUGUAAUAUAAGCAUGAAGUAUAGGGCACUUUUUUUAAUGUUUUGGCCAUUUUAGAGUACUCUGUAGAAUUUUUUUGAUGUUUUGAUUGUGACGGAUGUAUUGAAGGUGCAGUUUGUAGAGUUGCUAAUGUAUCCUGCAACCAUUAGUCAGUAACUGAUGAGCUCGGGGUUUUAGUUCGAAGUUGUAAAAUUUAAUGCA